UCUGUGGUAGUGAGCGUUUAACUGAAGAAAUCCGUGUGCGCACAUGUGUAGAAAUGGUGUUGAACAAAGAGUAUUAUAAUGCUCAGGAAUAUGCAAAAGACUUUUUCUUCGUGUCCGAAUCGUAUGACGACAGCUGUCGUCAGUGUGCUGCCCCUGGUCGUUGGACAAGUCCUUGGAUAAUACAGGCAGCAUCAGAUGCCUUGUGUAGAGAUAUAUAUUCCGUAUAUCCAAAAAUGAAUGGUAAAUCUGACCAGACAGCAAAAAUCCUUACUCGGGUACAUUCAACAAGACACACUUCGUCCAGCCAUGGACCUGUAUCAAUCAUGUGGACCAAGAUGGGACCUCACUUUGGCAAGGCCUGGUUGCCAAAUCACUUUGUCCCAUUGAUAACAGUUAGUGAACACAUGGAAUCUAACAAUGAAAGUGCCACUCCCCCAAAAAAUGUAAAUGAUGUGAGUAGUUUUGAAGAAAUAAGUGAAUUCAAAACAAAUGUCAACAUUGAAAGUCAGUCAAAUGUGGAUAGUUCAAGUAAUGUAUCAGAUGAAGGUGAAUCACAUCAGAAUGUAUCAAAUGAAAGUAAUGUAUCAAAUGAAGGUGAAUCACAUCAGAAUAUAUCACAUGAAAGUUAUGUAUCAAAUGAAGGUGAAUCACAUCAGAAUGUAUCACAUGAAAGUGAACCAAAUCAUAAUGUAUCAAAUGAAAGUGAAUUGCACAAUGGACCUUUUCAGACUCUGCCCAAUGGAAAGUUCAUUCCAGUACAUGACCUUAUGAACUUAAUUCAUGGAGAUGCUCCAACUGUGCCAAAUGUUCCGCGUGGUAAGAAGAAUAAUGUGUUUGUGUUAGUUAAUGGGGAAGAGAACAUUAAGGCCAACUUGGCUGGUAAAAAGGCCAGUUAUUUUGAUGACUGUGGGGUAUGGAAUGGGGCUAAGUCAAGAACUUGCAAAACAAAAUUUCUUCUUGAGGAUUCUGGAAAUGGCUCGACAAAUAUGAAAUUUGUACAUGUGAAAGAAAAUGUAGUUAGUGUGGAAAAUCAAGUUAAGGGGAAAAUUGUGAAAACACAUAUGCAACCUCAACCUGAUUUGAACAAUGUAGUGACUUUACAUAGGUAUUAUACCGUCUUGAAAGGAAAUGAAGAAUAUAAGAAAAGAGUAAGUUGGUUCGAAAAUUUGCCAGAAUCACUUCAGGCUAGGCAGUACGUGUCUAUAAUUGAAUACCAGGGAGAAAAUGACACCCAAGUGAAAGCACAUGGUAAUUCCAAGAUUAAUGCUAAUCCAUACAAAAGGACACAUCCAGAAACAAUAAAACGUAUCAAAGAAGCAGUGAAAUAUGAAGAACCAUUGAUGUACCGAAGGCAGAUUGGUCAGCCAGUGAAACAUAUCCUGUGA